GGUUAAGAAUUCCUUAAAACAAUACCCACCGACAGUUUUGUUCGUUCCCCGCCUCCCUGGCAACCGACAAUUCCUCUUCCCGUCAAGCCUGGCAGUCAUCGGAUGUCAGCUAAGCUCCUUAAACUUCCCUUUCACUUGUUUUUUACUUAAACUUUUUGCUGUCAAUUUGCAUUUAAUUGAUGUUUAUAUUCUCCAUUCUUCCUUCUCAUCGUCUUUCAUCUGCAUUUGCUGCUUUCAUUGUUUGGUAAAACCCCAUUUGGUUUCUGGUGAAAUCCCUCUUGUUUUGUGGUAAGAUCCAUGAAUUUUGCACUGUUAAGUGGUUAUAAUCCAGGGUUUGUGAGUUCUGGGUCUGCCCAUUUCGUGUCUGUUUCUGAAAAUCCCGUUUCAGCCAAAUGGGGCAUAAUUAAUAGUGUACCCAACACAUAUUGUGGCUUGAUUUGACUGGGUUCUUUUUCAGUCAGAUUUUCAGUUGUUUGAAGCUUGACUUGCAUGGGGGGAAUCAGAGGCAGUGCUCCCUCGGCAGCAGUGCCUCUGAUUCAAUGUAAACGUAAUGGUGCAAAGCUUUUUCAAUAUUAUUUGGACAGAACUGCUCCUCAUUCUGUAUGUAGAUGGGUUGGAACCCUUGUUGUAGCAGCUGUUUACAUUUUGCGGGUUUAUCAUCUUCAAGGAUUUUAUGUUGUUUCAUAUGCUCUGGGAAUUUUUCUGUUGAAUCUGUUGAUUGGGUUCCUGUCGCCUUUGGCGGAAUCUGACCUGGAAGUUACAAAGAAGCCUUUGCUACCAACAAAAGGUUCAGAUGAGUUCAAGCCUUUCAUUCGUCGGCUCUCUGAGUUUAAGUUCUGGUACUAUGUCACACUAUCAUUCUGUGUGGCGUUUGUCGCCACCUUCUUUUCUGUAUUUGAUGUUCCCAUCCUUUGGCCUGUACUACUGUCCUAUUGGAUUGUUUUGUUCAUCGUCACAAUGAGGCACCAAAUCCAUCACAUGAUCAAAUACAAGUAUGUCCCAUUCAGCUACGGAAAACAGAGGUAUGUUGCCAAGAAAUCUUCAGCUAAUAGCCUUAGCCUCGGUGGCCGGAGACAUGUUAGAUGGCCAAGAAUGGGUUAAAAUGGAUUUGGCCAUUUACUUGGAAACCCAUUUAUGGCCCAUUUAAAAAACCAUUCUGAAUAGUUUAUGAGCUUACCGGUUUAUAAUUGGCUCAGCCCAUGUAACUUUAUAAAUGAGAAGACGUGGACUGGCUAUAUCAGGUACGAAUACUGAGCUUCAACUGAAUCUCCAUUUCUGGCAAAAUCAAUACCUGUAUGGACUCUAUUUCAAUCCCUCCUUAACCGAAAAAGAAAAAAAGAAAGGAAAAACCCUUGGGCAACUUCCCACUUCCCAGGCUCCAUUCCAUUCCUUACGAACUAUCAAAUCUCUAGAGACUGCUGAAGCAUGGGCAACUUUUUUUGACUUUUGUUUUCUUGUUUUAAUUGUAAAUGUUAUAUUGAACAAUGAUCAAGUUUUCAGAAUUAUAUGUAUGGUUUGUAUCUGACAUAUGAGCAUUUGUCCUGCAUUGAAUUCAAAAUAUGGUGGGAGAUGCUUGUUCUGAUCUUCACAAA